GCCAUUAUGUGAUGGAAGUGAAUCAGGGAAGGAAAAUUCAGAGCAUCUAUCAGGUGUAAACAGCUCUGCGUCAGCCACAGGUAGUGAUGCAUUUGCCAGAAGUGAUCAGCCACAGGACUUGUGUAGUAAUGUUUCCCAGUCUUCUGUAUCAGGCAGUACACUUGAUAAUGGAAGACAGUGUUCUUCGGUGCCUUUACAAAACCCAAGUGUUCCCUCUCUGUCACAGAAGGAUAAUAACCAUAAAGUGCUUGAAAAUCUAACCAUAGUUCCUACGGUUAAUGACCAAUUAAGUCAUAGACAUGUAGCAGGACUUCCAGACCUUCUCACAGAAAGAUCAGAGCAUCAUCAGGACAGUAGUGUGGUAGAGAGAUUGUCUGAUAGGGUAGGAAAAUUAAAUGAUGAGAAGGAAACUGAUCAUGAGAAAAGUGAGUGUAGUGGUGCUUUUACUGGCUCUAACCAAGAAGAGUCAGUACUUCCAUCCAUGGGAAUUCUCCCAGAGGUAGAAGAAACCCUGAACACUCCAGCUUUACCUUUACAAACUUCCUCAUCGGCUCCAGAGGAAGAAAAGCGUGAGAAGUCCAGUCCUGAAACUCAACCAGUUGAUCCUUCUAGUGUUGUACACAAAAUUAAGAAAAUUAAGUGGCAGGAUAUAGAAGUCCCAAUCAUUACUCAGAAUAACAAUGGACCUUGUCCACUACUGGCCAUUGUUAACGUUAUGUUGUUAAAGGGCCAGAUCACCCUACCUUCUGAUCGGUCUGAAAUUACUGGUGGUGAGUUGGUGCUUGUUGUUGGGAAUGCAUUGUUCGAUCAGCCACGAAAUGCUCUUCCUUCUGAUAUGAGACGCCAUCUGGAGCAGAACACAGAGGAUGCUAUUAGCAUUUUACAUAAACUUUUAACUGGCCUUGAUGUUAAUAUAAAGUUUUCUGGGGUACGUGAUUUUGAAUUUACGGGUGAACUUUGCAUAUUUGAUCUACUUGGCAUCAUGCUGUACCAUGGAUGGGUGGUUGAUCCCUCUUCAGAAGUGGCUGAAAUAAUUAAAGGUCUAUCAUACAACCAACUUACAAAUAAUAUUUUUGCCUGGAGAGAAGAAGCUGUUAAAAACAACAACAAUGAUUUAUUGGUGAAAGCUAUGCUUUGUGAAGAGUUUAUGGCCAACAGUGGGUCUCAAUUAACCAUCCAUGGUUUGUUUGAGCUUGGCUCCUCACUGGGAAAGGAAGAAAUUGCAGUACUUUUCCGCAAUAAUCACUUUUCAACUAUAUAUAAGAGAGGGGACCAGAUUUAUCAGCUGCUGACUGAUCAAGGCUUUUUACAUGAAAACAUGGUAUGGGAAACGCUUAAUGAUGUAGAUGCAACAUUUUCUGAGUUUGUGAAUGGAAACUUUCAGCCUGUAACUCCCACAGCAGAAGCUUCCUUGUCGUCUUCAGAAGGGCCUCAAAGUAUGACAAUGCAGCAGCAGAUUAAUUCAGAUCAGCAGCUAGCUGCAAUGCUUCAGCAUGAGGUUGAUCUCCAGCAGCGACAACAGCAAAGUUUUGAACGUCUCAAGGAUUCUCUUGGCCUUCACAAUAUGACAGAUGAGGAAAUAGCACAAAAGCUUCAGGAGGAAGAAAACCGUUUGGCUGCUGCAGCAGAAGCAGCUGCAAGCCAUCCUCGCCAGACUGUACCUCCUUCCCUUCCAGCCUACCAGACUCCUAAUGCUUCAAAUGCACAUGAAGAAAAAAAGAAGAAGGAGUGUGUCAUCCUUUGAGGUUCCAUGGAAGCUUUUACCUCUCCAAGGAAAUUGUAACAAAAUAUUUUUGUUAAUGUGUAUAUUAAUGACUUUUUUAAAAUAUAAGUUUUCCUGUGCUUUUUGAGAAUAAUGAAACUAUGGUUAAUGAAUUUGCACAUAAAUGCACACACACAUAUGUACACCUUUUAUCAUGUGCUUGUCCUAUAUUUUGUGUGUUACAGAUUAUAAAUUGAUUAGAUGUGGUUUGGAAUUAAGCAGGGAAUCAGUGUGUAUAUACUUGAGUGAGUAUAUAUGUAUGUAUAUAUACAAUAAUGUAUAUAUAUGUAUAUGUAUAAACAUUUAUAUAUAACAUUACUUUUAGUGUAUGAGUCAUUUUAUGAAAUGCAGUUUUAUUUAUCCUAAUAAUUCUAAAGUGACACAACACACAGAAUUAUCCAGAAUUUGUUUGUACCUUAAGUAGUUUAGCUGGGCAUAAAUGAUCACCAUUUGAUCUAUAAAUAUGUAAUGCUUGCAGCACACAAGAGAAUCUUCAUGCAUACCAGUCUAAGAAACUGUUGAUGUUGUUAAGGUAGUUCACAAGGAAAUAUUUUUCAAU